AUGUCGUUCAAGCCAGCGCUGAUUGUAGUCGACAUGCAGAAUGACUUUUGUCCUCCUGAUGGCUCCCUCGCAGUCGCUGGUGGCAGAGACGUUGUCCCCCUCAUCAACGACCUACUUGGCAGUCCCAGGUUUGGUCUGAAGGUGGCCACCCAAGAUUGGCAUCCAGUUGACCAUAUCUCAUUUGCGACAAACCACCCAGCCCCGGACAACAAGCCAUUCGAGUCGUUCAUCGAGAUGAGGAACUUGGUGGGGAACAGGCCAGAACAAACCAUGAUGCAACGACUCUGGCCAGUUCACUGUGUGCAGGGUACGAAAGGUGCCGAGAUCAUUGACGAAAUCGACGUAUCGAAAGUGGACAUCAAGGUGAAGAAAGGCAUGGACGCCAGAGUAGAGAUGUAUUCUGCAUUCUCUGAUUCUUUCGGCAACAUGACCUCUGGUGCUGGAGGCGUGAAUUUGGAUCUUGCUGCCUUACUCCAUUCGCAGAAGAUCACCGACGUCUAUGUCGUUGGUUUGGCAGGCGACUACUGCGUCAAAGAUACCGCACUGGGAUCUGCAAAAGCAGGCUUUACAACAUACGUGAUCGAAGAAGCUCAAAGGUGUGUCGACCCUACAUCAUGGGAUGGUGUGAAGCAAGCCCUCCAACGAGGCUCCGUCUCCGUUGUUGAUGCUCAAAGCCCCGAGGUCCGGCGUGUUCUCGAAUCCUAA